AUGCCGUCCCUCCUGAGCACGCGUCGUGGAGACUUGACCACGUCAUAUCAGCUUCAGAUACGUUUUGAUUCUCUCAAGACUAAGGACUACUUCACGUUUUCUAGUUCUUUCAAGCAUUCAGAAUGUGAAAAAGUGUGGCUGGAUGCUCAUUGGCUUAGCAUUGCUGUCGGAUGGAAGAUCAUGGGAUUAGAGCUGAACACCUGUGCGUCAGACACCCAUGUGUUCAAAGGUAAGGUUGUAGAGAGCGUGUGGUGCUGCCCCUCGUCGAGAGUUACAUCUCGAACAUUGAAGAUGGUAAAUAAUACAGGAUCUCAGAACAAAUGGCAAAGGGUCUUAAAAGGUCACCUGGAAAUUCAUGACCUGGCAUCAUCAGCGGGGCGGGUGGCCGCGCCCUAUAGAAGGCCACCUUUUCCCCGCCAGGUCAUCAGUCUUGACCCUAUCGCCGUACAAGCAGUUUCUCGCAUCGACUCGCGCCGCCAAGACACCGCCGACAUGAAGACAAUAGUGGCCUUCCUCAUCCUUGGCUGCGUGGCUUCCUCCAGAGCCAUUUUCUUCGACCUCUUCAAGAAGGAAACGCAGCAGGCUGAUCCCUGGCCUGCACAACCAGCAGACCCCUGGGCGCAGCCUGCCGACCCCUGGGCGCAGCCUACAAGUGCCUGGGCUAAACCAUCCUUCCAGCCUGUAAUCAAGGAGGUUCCUAUCUACAUCCCAUACCCUAAGCUGGAGCCUGUGCCCAUCUCCAAGCCCUUGCCCAUCUUCAAGCCUGAGUUCGUGGAGGCCCCCGUCCCCGUGUAUAAGCCCCAAAUCGGUCUCCCCAACAAGUUCUUCAACUUCAAUGCUAACGUGGGACUCCAGAAGCAGCCCCAGUACGUCCAGGCUCAGCAGCAGCCCCAGUACGUUCAGGCUCAGCAGCAGCCCCAGUACGUUCAGGCUCAGCAGCAGCCCCAGGAACACCAUCACCACCAACCGUCCGCCCCUUCUACUGCCUACCAGGCGCCCGACGCUCAUCAUCACUAGUGAGGAGCUGCAGCAUCUCUCGAACAUGGUUUGAGGAUUCAUGAAGGGGUAUUUCUCUAAGGUCGGAGUCUCUACCGCCUUCAGCCUCCCUUCAGGAAGUUAUCGAGGAAGUCGCCGGCAGGAUACUCAAUCCUCAGCUUAUCACAAAUUCAAAUUCGACGAGAAUCCUGUAACGGACAACCGAUAACAUCCAUGAAUUAGAUAAUCAAAUUUUAUUUUAUAUUGUUUAUGCGCUAUUUACUGUGGACUAUGUUUAUAUUUUGUAAUUUAUUUGUUAAAAGUAUGUAAGGAACUUUUUCUGUGAAUGAAUCUGUGACUAUGACA